GGGAAAUGCUACUCGAAAGACUAAGAGCUCGCUGCACAGUCGGGACCUCAGAGUCACUAGGACUCCAAGGCUCGCCCAGAAGUGAGGGCGCCCCGGAAUGCGCCACCGUCCGGAAGUGCGGCGCCGUCGGUGCAGGGCUCGCCGGGAAAUGUAGUCCCUCGGGGGUGGCCCGGGGCGGUGGCCGCACGUCCCGCGGACCCGGUGGCCCAUCGGGCGUGGACCCGGCAUGGCGGGGCCGGGUGGCUCGGGCGGCCCGAUCGGGGCCGGGGCCCUGGCGGGUGGUGCGCGGUCCAAGGUGGCCCCGAGCGUGGACUUUGACCACAGCUGCUCGGACAGUGUCGAGUACCUGACGCUCAACUUCGGGCCCUUUGAGACAGUGCAUCGGUGGCGGCGCCUCCCGCCUUGCGACGAGUUCGUGGGGGCUCGGCGCAGCAAGCACACAGUGGUGGCCUAUAAAGAUGCCAUCUAUGUAUUUGGUGGAGACAACGGGAAGACGAUGCUCAAUGACCUCCUUCGUUUCGACGUGAAGGACUGCUCCUGGUGCAGGGCCUUCACCACUGGGACCCCUCCUGCUCCCCGCUACCACCACUCGGCCGUCGUCUAUGGCAGCAGCAUGUUUGUCUUUGGGGGCUACACUGGGGACAUUUAUUCCAAUUCCAACUUGAAGAAUAAAAAUGACCUCUUUGAGUACAAGUUUGCAACUGGCCAGUGGACGGAGUGGAAAAUUGAAGGACGGUUGCCAGUCGCUAGGUCAGCCCAUGGCGCCACAGUGUACAGUGACAAGCUGUGGAUAUUUGCCGGCUAUGACGGCAACGCCAGGUUGAACGACAUGUGGACCAUCGGCCUCCAGGACCGGGAGCUAACGUGCUGGGAGGAGGUGGCCCAGAGCGGCGAGAUCCCGCCCUCCUGCUGCAACUUCCCGGCGGCUGUGUGCCGGGACAGGAUGUUUGUCUUCUCAGGCCAGAGCGGGGCUAAGAUAACCAACAAUCUCUUCCAGUUCGAGUUCAAGAACAAGACGUGGACACGCAUCCCCACCGAGCACCUGCUCCGGGGCUCUCCGCCGCCCCCGCAGCGGCGCUACGGGCACACCAUGGUGGCCUUUGACCGCCACCUGUACGUGUUUGGGGGCGCAGCUGACAACACACUCCCCAACGAGCUGCACUGCUACGACGUGGACUUCCAGACCUGGGAGGUCAUUCAGCCCAGCUCGGACAGCGAGGUCAGCGGACCCGAAAUGCCCGAGCGAGCGUCCGCUUCCGAGGAGGCACCUGCCCUGGGCUCCGAGGAGCGGGGCGGCUGCAAGAAGUCCCGGGAUGUGUUCGGCCUGGACUUUGGCAGCACCACCACCAGGCAGCCCACCCUGCCAGCCUCAGAGCUGCCCAGCGGAAGGCUCUUCCAUGCGGCCGCCGUGAUCUCCGACGCCAUGUACAUUUUCGGGGGCACCGUGGACAACAAUAUCCGCAGCGGGGAGAUGUACAGGUUCCAGUUCUCCUGUUACCCCAAGUGCACACUGCACGAGGACUACGGGCGGCUGUGGGAGAGCCGCCAGUUCUGCGACGUGGAGUUCGUGCUGGGCGAGGUGUCCCUCUUCCAGCAGAAGGAAGAGUGCGUGCAGGGCCACGUGGCCAUCGUCACGGCACGCAGCCGCUGGCUCCGCAGGAAGAUUGUGCAGGCGCGGGAGCGGCUGACCCAGAAGCUGGAGGAGGAGGCGGCCCCGGCACUCAGGGACGGCCCUGCUGGGGCCGCGGGUGGGGCCCGGCCGCCCCUGCUGCGCGUGGCUAUCCGCGAGGCCGAGGCACGGCCCUUCGAGGUGCUCAUGCAGUUCCUCUACACAGACAAGAUCAAGUACCCACGGAAAGGCCACGUGGAGGACGUGCUGCUCAUCAUGGACGUGUACAAGCUGGCACUGGGCUUCCAGCUGUGCCGCCUAGAGCAGUUGUGUCGUCAGUACAUCGAGGCCUCCGUGGACCUGCAGAACGUGCUGGUCGUGUGUGAGAGCGCUGCCCGGCUGCAGCUGGGCCAGCUCAAGGAGCACUGCCUGAACUUCGUGGUGAAGGAGUCCCACUUCAACCAGGUGAUCAUGAUGAAGGAGUUCGAGCGCCUCUCAUCUCCUCUGAUCGUGGAGAUUGUGCGGCGGAAGCAGCAGCCGCCUCCCCGCGCCCCCUCGGACCAGCCCGUGGACAUCGGCACGUCUCUGAUCCAGGACAUGAAGGCAUACCUGGAGGGGGCAGGCGCGGAGUUCUGUGACAUCACGCUGCUGCUGGAUGGGCACCCGCGGCCAGCCCACAAGGCCAUUCUGGCCGCCCGCUCCAGCUACUUUGAGGCCAUGUUCCGGUCUUUUAUGCCCGAGGACGGCCAGGUGAACAUCUCCAUUGGGGAGAUGGUGCCCAGCAGGCAGGCCUUCGAGUCCAUGCUGCGCUACAUCUACUACGGCGAGGUCAACAUGCCGCCCGAGGACUCGCUCUACCUGUUUGCGGCACCCUACUACUACGGCUUUUACAACAACCGGCUGCAGGCGUACUGCAAGCAGAACCUGGAGAUGAAUGUGACGGUGCAGAACGUGCUGCAGAUUCUGGAGGCAGCAGACAAGACGCAGGCGCUGGACAUGAAGCGGCACUGCCUCCACAUCAUCGUGCACCAGUUCACCAAGGUCUCCAAGCUGCCCACACUGCGCUUGCUGAGCCAGCAGCUACUGCUGGACAUCAUCGACUCCCUGGCCUCCCACAUCUCAGACAAGCAGUGCGCAGAGCUGGGUGCCGACAUAUGAGGACCCACGUGGUGCCGCCCCGCCCUGCCUCGCCCACUGCAAAGACUGCUGGCCACGCUCGGGCCUGCGGCCGAAGGGUCGUGUGCCCAGGGCCUCCGAAGGGAGCUGAGUGGGGGACUCCAAAUGCCCCAUCUCACUGCUGAGGACACAGGUCCCACAGGAAGCAGACGGUGAAGCGGGAUCCUGGCUGGCACCCUCUCCCGGGGUGGAGGUGUGGGUGGGAAGCCAGGGCUCAGUGGUGAGGACACUGCAGGAGGAGGCAGGGGUCCUGGCCAGGGCCCAGUGAGGGAGAUGAGCCCACCAGGGCUCCCUACGCAGGGCUUUGGGCUCCCUACGCAGCAGGGACCCAGCAUGGCUUGUGCAUCCAGCCACUGGGUCACGUUGCCAAGACCGCUCAAUGUGGGGGCCGCACAGCAUUCCCAGACCCUCAUCAAGGUUGGUUUAAGGGUUUCCUCCUGCCACCCAGAACUUGUGUAGAUGGAGUCCAACUCCAGGUGAAUUUUGAGGUGUGAAGGGCCCUAAGGUCAGCUUCCAGCCUGCAAGGUCAGCCACUGUGGACUGGGCCAGGCAUUCAGAGGGGCUGUGGGAUCCCACCCACCUGUGUGUGUGUGGGGGGGCCCUGGGCUGCUCCAGAGAGUCAGAGAUGCUCCAGGCCCACAUUUGUCCCUAAGUAUUUAUUGUCAUAGGCUUGCCUCCAUUAAAGCCACAGCAGUCCUACCUGCACCCAAACCUCACUGCGCAGUUCCCACUGGUGGCUCCAGCCCUCCGUCAUCCUGGAGCUGAAGCUGGGCCAUGUGGCCCGAUGGCUCAAGAUAAGCCAGUCUUGCCUGGUUCUGUUCAUGCCAGCAGCUCUCCACCCCCACCCAGGGUGCCCCAGUCACGUAGUGGGGAGGGCUGGUGGGAGGAAUGCAGGCCAGCCUCGGGCCUCUCCCCACCUGAGGGGAGCCCUGGGGGCCCGGAGCUGGCUCCCCUGGCUCCUGGGCUGCCCUGUAGGCUCCUGCCUGGGCUGGGAAACUGAGGACAGGCCACUGAGUCCUUCCCUGUCCCAACAGAAGGUGCCGAGUCCACCCCAGUGGGGAAGGGACCAUUCUGUCUCUCUUCUGGGAACAAGAACCCUUCUGCCCUGGCUGCCAGGAAGCCACUUUGGGGGAAACACAGUCUCUCUCUUCUGAGCCUUAGAGCUCAUUUCCUGCCUCUAGUUGUGCCCCCAUGUAAACGUAGCAUCUGCCACUCCUCAGGCCUUGCUGAGAAGCCCCAGGUGGACAUUCUUAGGCAAGGGGUGCUCACCUGUAGGCCCAGCAAGCUAGGAAAUGGCCCGUGCAAGGUGCACCUCGGCUGGCCCGCAGGCUUGGGAACCACCUGUGAUCCUGCUCCGUGUCCGCCUCCUGUAAUGGCCAUUUGACUCUGUGCGUAACGUGAAUAAAAGUUUCACUCCAAGGGCCCCAAAAAGCAAACCACACAACACAGUGUGGCCUUUUCCAGGACUAGAAAGAAUUCAGUGGUGCUCUUGGGGCCGCUGUGGCUGAGGCCCAGCAGGGAGGUCAAGUGUGUGGUUAAGUGCCUCACACACGGAGCUGCUGAUCACAGGUGCAGGGAGGCCUGGCACGUUCCAGGUGAACUGAAGGAAAAUGAGGACAUAGGCGACGCCAGGACUGCUGCCCAAGUGCCUGGCCCUCUGCUCCCCACACGCCUCAUCCCAGACCUCGGGGGAUCAGAAUGGUCACUGUGGGGCCCUCACUACUUGCCAAGCAUAGCAACCCCAGGUCAGUAAUUGCCUUUCUUGUCCGUUUUUCAGAUGGGACAGGCCUGGUGGUGAGUGGGGGGCUGACCAGCAGCUGGAGCUCAUGCCAGGUCUGACUGCUGGGCAGACUGGCUCUGGGGAUGGAAGCCUGUUGUUUCCGUGAAAACUGAGCCUGGCCUGGGUUUCAUGGGUGUCUUCAGAGACCAGCUGGCUAAGUCAAGGCUGUUUCAGGUACCAAGAAAAGGGUGCCCAGUAUUGCCCCCGAACCUCUACUCACACGACCCCUCAGAGAGCCCUGUACAGUACACAGACACAGAGCUGUACAGUGAGGGCUUUCUGCUCUCCACAGCCAAGGGCUUGGACUGCAGGGCCUGAGCCCUCCGGGCGCUACAGCCAAUCUGGGGAAACGGGCCUGGUACCCAGGGGAAGGGCCCCAGCCCCCAGCUGAGCCAGAGAGCAGGGCUUCUUUCUAGAAUCCACUUUAUUAUGGCAUCUGGCAGGGCUGGUGGACACAGCUCAGAUCAGAUCCUCUCAAGGAGGAUACUGAGGGAGAAAGAGGCUGAAGCCCUGCCGGGCGGCCCUCACUCAGGCCAUGCUGCUGCUCAGCUGCAUGGCAAAGUCCUGCACGUGCUCCUUCAGAGUCUGGCGGGCAUCGGCCUGUGCCCGCUUUUCCCGUGCCCGCUCCUGCUGCAGCUUGGUCAGCCGCAGCCGCAGCCGCUGCUCCCGCCGCUUGCAGGCCUGCAGCUGGCGCUGGGCCUUGUCCAGGGCAUCGAGUGCAGCCUCAGCCCGCCGCUUCCAGAGCAGGGCGCUGCCCACCUGGUAGCUGUGCUCAUUCUGGAUGUAGGCUCCGGCGGGCGGCGGGAGGCGCAGCAUGUAGGCCGAGGGUGAGACGGGCCUCGGCUCCAGCGGAGACGGCUGUCGCUCUGGCUCCCGCUCAGGUGAAGGCUGGGUGCUGCAGCCUGCUUCAUCUGCCUGGGCACCCAGGGGCCCCAGGAGGUCUGAGAAGGGGCUGCUGAGGCCAGGCUCCAGCCUCCCGGUGGGGGAGGCAGGCAAGGCAGCAGGUGCUGAGGCCUCUUCCACAGGAAAGCAGGUGAGGUCAGCAGGUGGAGGUGGGCAAAAUGGAGUUGUGGGCCCUCGGCCCUCAGAACAGCUGGGGGAAGAGAGAGAGACUGACAGGCCAGGCUCAGGGCUCGCCGACCCCACUUCACCAGCUCAUCUAACUCCCAUCCCUGAACCCACUCCACGGGCUCAGAACCCUGUCCAGCAAGGCUGCUGUCAGGCACCCUAAAGCCCAGUCCCUCAGACCUGGGGUGCAGUGGGGCACCUCCCCCUCCGUUGCAGCACGUACCGCUUCCUGCAUCGCCGGAGCCGGCUGACGUCAGGGGGGUAACUGUGCCCCUUGGUCUUGGUUGUUCGACGCAACUUGGAAAAAGACUCAAAUAUCGUCGGAACUGCUCCCUCCUUCAGCCUGUGAUACCCACUGCGGGGGGAAAGCGUCUGGAUGAGGUGGAACAAAGCCCUGCCGCCCCAGCCGACCCGCAGGGCGUGGAGCCAGCAGGCCCUCCAGCACUCCAGCAGGCUGUCGGGUUAGCUCUAUGGGAGGUGGGAGGCACCCUGCCAACAAUGAGUCUGGGGAAUGCCAAGUUAAGGCCCCCACCAAUCUCUUCCCUGCAAGACUCCUCAGAAUUAAAGAGUGUGGAAAGGCUCCACCAGAACGGGGUGGCCCAGCCAAAAGAACUGA